AUGAAUCAAUUAUUUUUGAGUCCAGAACAUGUUCUACAAGGAGGAUAUUUUCAUGCUACUUUACGGCAAUUACAAGAACCUAAUGUUAGCAUCGAACCGCAUAAUAUUAUGUACCCCGUAUUUUUACUAGAAAAUGAGGAUGCAGUGCAGCCAGUAGCAAGCAUGCCUAAUGUGAGCAGAUAUGGUAUCAACCAGCUCAUACCAAUUCUCAGUGAAUUGGUCGACAAAGGCCUCAAGUCAAUUCUCAUAUUUGGUGUUAUUUCAAAUUUACCCAAGGACGCAAUAGGUACACAUGCUGACUCCCCAGACAAUCCAGUAUUGAAGGCCCUGCCCAAGCUUCGAGCGGCGCUACCACAAUUACUGAUAGCGUGUGAUGUCUGCCUCUGUCCUUAUACCUCACAUGGACACUGUGGUUUACUCAUUCCAAACGGGGCUAUUGAUCAUGCUGCCUCAGCUCGAAGAAUUGCUGAAGUUGCCUUGGCAUAUGCUAAAGCAGGAGCACAAAUCGUGGCACCUUCCGACAUGAUGGACAAUAGAAUCAAGGCAAUCAAGGAUGCCCUUGUCUCCUGUAAACUGCAGAAUCAAGUGUCCGUUCUGUCGUACUCGUGUAAGUUCGCGUCGUCAAUGUACGGACCUUUCCGCGACACUAUGAAGAGCUCCCCUAUGGAAGGUGACAGGAAGUGCUACCAGCUGCCGCCAGGGAGCGCCGGCCUCGCUGCUAGAGCUGCUGCGCGGGAUGUGGCCGAGGGCGCCGACUUCCUAAUGGUGAAACCCGGUCUGCCGUACUUGGAUAUCGUCAGGCAGACAAAGGACCAGUUCCCAAAUCACCCGCUUUUCAUUUAUCAGGUGUCUGGUGAAUAUGCAAUGAUAUGUCGCAGUGGAGACAAAAAGGAAAUUGAGAGUUUGCUCAUGGAGACACUCACCUGCAUGAGGAGAGCUGGUGCGGACUGCAUAAUCACUUACUUCGCACCUCUUAUUCUAAGCAUAAUAUCUCGGCAGAAAAAUUAA